UCCGAAAGCCGCCUUGGGGAGCCCCUCUUCCUGCAGAAGCUCUUGGUAUCCGUCUUGGCCAGGGAGGUUCCUUCCUAGCUUCUGGGAUGAGCGAAACCCAAGAAACCUGCACCGAUGGAAACGUGACCGAAGCGUCCCUGGCUUGCCGAGUCGGGGGUGCCAUGGCACUGCUGCUGCUCACUUGUGGGGCGCUGGCGACCGCAGGUUCUCUGAGAGUGGAGGUGCCACUAAGGAAACUGAGCGCACGCCUGAAUGACAAUGUCACCAUCCCCUGCAAUUUCUCUGGCUUCGCAAGGCUGGACCUAAGUGUUAUGGCUAUUAGGUGGUUUCGCAUAGAUCCUAAGUCUGGAUUGAAGAUCACGGUGUUCGAGGUAUUUGGCAUUAAUAAAAACAUUCCCAGAACUGGGGCUGAAGUGUCUCUAGAGAGGCUACAGAGUGGCGACGCCUCACUGCAGCUGCCUGCGGUCCAGCUGGGGGAUGCAGGAGUAUACUGGUGCGAGGUGGUGGACACCCCUGCCAUGGAACAUGACAGCAUCUUGCUGGAAGUCCUGGCUGCACCAACCAGCAGAGUGUUUGUGGAACAGACCACGGGGACUGGUAAUGACAUGUACCUUGUGUGUCAGUCCUUUGGGUUCUACCCAGAAGCCAUUAACAUAACAUGGGAGAAGCGGACCCACAAUGUUUCCCAGGACCAGAGGAUUUCUACAGACAUCUGUACUGAUCCCAUCAUCGUGAAUGAGGAUGGUACCUUUAACAUCACCAGCUACUUGAAACUCAGUGCCUCUCUGGAAGACACCUACUCUUGUGUAGUGGACCACAUAUCCUUGAAUACCUCCCAGAGGCUGAACUGGACACUGUUUGUGAGAAAAGCUGAGAUACAGUACAUCUGGAUUCUUUUAGCUUUUAUCGGACUGAUUUUAAUAAUGAUUUUUUGUUUUAUUUGGACAAGAUACAGGUGCUGUUGUUAUAAACCAACACCCAGCUUUGACCCUGAGGAAGGAAGCACAGACCAAAAAUACGUGGCAGUUUACAGAGAUGAGCCCAAACCUUCACACCUCUCUGUGCCUGCAUCUGUUGCCACAUAGCUUUCCAGUGUCUUCCAAUGCACUCCCUGGACAUUUGGCUCAGACUUAUGAUUUGCUUUAUUCGAUGGAAGAAAGUGACUACAAGCCAUUUCCUAGUGUGGCCCAUGAGAGCCCUUUUGUGUAUCCGUUUGCUGUCUUUGGUGCCUCUGACAUGAGAAGGACGAAUCUCAGCUGGCCAGUUGGGGGAUAAGCAAUACAGGAAGCAGAAUAACAUUGUUCUUGGUGAAGUGACAGCCAUUCAUCUCCAUUCGCGACAAUCUACCUGUGGUCAGCAGCGCCGACAAAGCCAACUCUCAGGGCAAGAGAAAUAUGUUUUAAUUAUGUAUUUAUUUUUGAAUAAUGAUAUUGAAAAAUACUCAUGAACUAUUAUGUGUGGGGAGCAACUGAAGCUGGAGGUUGAUCAAAUGUACAGGGCUAAAGCAAUGCCAGUCCUGAGAACUCAGAGCACCUGAGGUGAACCAUGUAAGUGAGCUGCUGCAGCCCAAGAACACAUGGCGCCCAAGGCAAGCCAGACAAACAAGCUACUAGGCAGGAAGAUUUAACUGAGUUUGGCCUCCCCAGUGCAACUAUUUCUCUUCCACCAAAAAAGGAGGCUCUGCUGAAUCUUACCUUUCUACGUUCUGACUCUUGGCUUACUUUUUCAUGGUCCCCUGUCCUCUCCACAUGAAUUUUGAGAGCGGUGUGUUGAUGUUUUUCAAUAUUCAUAUCAUGAGGUGUAAAACAUGGGCCAGACAGGUUCUGAGAAACAACAGAUGUAUAUAGAAAUGCUUAUUGUAUUGUUGUAUUAUUGAUUCCUGUAUUUAUUUUUGUGUUGUGGACCUGGAUCACAGAUUAUCUCGAUGAUCAUAAGCAUGUUGAGAAGACCACAGAGGAUUUGACAUGAAGCACUACUUUUUUUUUUUUUUUUGUCUUUUUGAGACAGAAUUUCACUAUGCAGUUGAGGCUGGCCUUGAACUUGCAGUGAGCCUCCUGCCUCAGCCUCCAAAAUGCUGGGAUUACAGGCAUAUGCCAUCAUGCCUGGCUUCAAACUAAGCCCCAAGCAUUAAGAGGAUAGUGAAACUGUAGUAGAAAAUGUACUGUCAUGCCAGCCAGUAUAUUUCAUUUUUUCAUUGCCCUAUUGUUCCUGUUCCAGUUAUGGUUGCUCCGGUCUCUUGGAAACAGCUGGUCACUGUGGAGCACACUGUACAAACCAAUCCCCAAAAGAUGAGCCAUUCUUGCUCUGUAUUUUCUCCUUGUUCAUUUGACAUAAGCCCUAGACCACCAGAGAUGAGGGCCUGACAGUUUGGGAACGAUCCCAUCACUGCUCAUUGAUGGGAAUAAAUCUACCUCUGAAUCCUGGAUGUUGUUUUGGUGUUUGUGCUUGCUGUUGAAAAGCAACAGCCCCCUGAUAGAGCUUGAAACGUCUUACCUUGCUCCAUCAAAUAAGGAAGGAACUGUGGAGGAGGUUUGAAGAAGUCCCCUUCCCAUUAGAAGUGUGUUUUGUUGUGACUUCCAUUUCACACUCACCCAAAAUAAAACUGAUAACCUGAAGCGCUCCACAAGUGACUGCUUCCACUUAGAGUUCAAAAUAUUUUUCCCAUGUCACAGGCUGAGAAUUCUGCCCUUCAUAGAAAAAAGUCAUCCCGUCAUUUUCUGUUAGUUGGUUCUAAAUACGCUCGAAUACUGUCAUUCUCUUGAAUGGUUUUACAUUGUCUUGAUAUGUUUGAUGCUACAGUAUACGAAGUUAUACUCAAAGAUUUCAAGGAAAGAGACACUAUGGUAAUUACUUUUAUGUCGGGAUAUCUUGUGGUGAAACACUAUGUUGCUUAAAUGGUUAUGUUCUGACCUGUGCUGUUUUGUUGUUAUGUCCUCUUUUAUCUUAAUCUCCUUUUUUUAUUAUUUAUUUUUAUCUUUUUAAUUAAGGGAAAAAAUAAAUAAAAAUUAGCAGGAUAUAUUAUAGUAACCCACUUUGAUUUCCUAUUAACUUGAUUUGAAACCCUGUAUUGCUCUUACCAUCUAGUUUUGACUGAUUUUCCUCUAUUUUGUUUUGCUUGAUAGUACCAAGUUUGAGAGUAUAGGCAACAACUGUGAAGACAAUAAGAUUCACUAUGAUGUCCAUUCUGGUUUGACUAUUAUCUUCUUUUGAAGUCCUGUAGUAUCUCCAAUGUUUUGGUUUUAUCGGUUUUGUUCUUUACUGUUUUGUUCAAUUUUAUUAUUACUGAUGAUAUAGGCAAUUCUUUUUAAGAUAGCAAGAGGCAUUACGGUAACCAUUGUUGAUCAACUUGUAUUUUUUUUUACAUUAUGUAUUAUGUCCAUCCUUUUGAUUUGACUGACUCUGUUUUGUUAUGUCACAUUUGGUUUUAUUCUGUUCAAAAAAAAUAAUAAGAAUGGUGGGAGUAAUAAAACGCAAAAUGUGUAAUUGUCAUUAUAAAAAAGAGAGGAAAAGAAAGUGCUCUAAACGAUAUAACUGCAUGUAUAUUUAAGUAUAUAAGAUAGAUAACCAUAUUACUGAGUUUUGUUGGAUCAUUGAACAGAACUGUUUGCAGUCUCACUGUUUGAAUGUCCACCUUAUAUGCUUUAAUUUUGUAACUGGAACAACUAUUUCUAGGAUGACAAUAUGUAAUCUAUUAACUAGUGA